AUGCCUCCCAAAAAGCCUACCAGCCCUUCUCUCACCGAGAGCUCAAUCAAACCCGAAGAUGCCGAGUUCUUCCUUCAAUGUCUCAAGGCAUUCGACUCUAGCGGUGUGAUGGAUAUCACCGCUGUCUCUGUGGCCAUUGGGCAUACCAAUGUCUUGUCCACACGUAAUGCCUUUUGUCGUCUGAAGAAGAAAUGGGGACUUGGAAACAUUCCAACCAAGACAGGAUGUAGCGGCAAGGCUGGCCAGAAGGCAGACGAUGAUUCCGGUAGUGGUCAGGACGACGUGCUAAAGCCAAAGACUUCCAACGACAAGGUUGUCAAAAAACGUGCGCGUGCUGCUCCAAAGUCAAAGACGUCCAAGGCGGCACUCGAAAAGGAAAAUGUCAAGGCCAACGAAGACACAGACACUACUGAAGCUGACGUCAAGAACGAGGAUGCGAGUGAGGAUGAUGCAUAG